AUGCAUGCAAAUUUCAGCUGGAGAGAUACCGACCGGGAAGAGGCAUGUCUUCCGGUACAACUGCUUCUAACUCCGUUAUUUGCAGAUGGUUGGCGUGAGCAAAACGGCUCAAAAAGCCUCCGUACACUCCUCAGCGAAGCGGGUUUGCUAACAGAAUACGUGAAACGAGAAAAUGGUGUUAACGAUGAGCUCACCAAUCGAUUGGAACGGAUUUGUGAAGAGUAUGCUGGAUCGAAUGAAAAGGAGAUCAAAAAAAGUCGACGACAGAAACGCAUGGUUGGUGCCAGUUUAGCACUACAUGCAGCUCAAGCAGCCUGGAAUAUAAAGCAAGAUUUGGACUUGAGGGCAAUUCAACAGGAAUUGAAAGAGCAAGCCGCUAUGUUGAAAUCGCUUAAAGAAGCGCAGUCGGACAAACAACGUCUAAUUGAAUUAACGAAACGUUCAGAACAAAGGUUGAAUGUUUUGAUGCAGUUGGAGUCACAUUUGAAGGAAAAGAAAACUGUCUUCUUACAGUCGAUCGAAACGCUCUUUCAUACACAUCGCAUCCACAAUGAACUUCUGUCAGCUACUGAGCUAAAUGGGAUUGUUCGAACAAUAUUCGGCGACAGUGUAUUCGAAGAAUCUGCCUACGCAGAGCAUCGUUACUUAACACUAUUCUACGUUCAGGUCAUACCACGUUCGUGUGAUAUCCGACAGAACGUGAUAUAUUCUGAUGUUUGUGUACCAUUCAUAGCUAGAAAUCAGUUGCGAACAUUAUAUCAGACUGCCAAAGUGGCCCGAUUCAUGAAGGACUUUCAACUGUUUGCUCUCACCGACAUACCAAAAUACGUGGCUGUCACAGUCAACAAAACAGCAGAAUCGGUGAUACUAAGUGAUCAGUGCCAACGAAAAGGUGGUUACGUUUAUGAGUGUCCGUUGACACAAUUGGAUAAAACGGAUUGCGAUGUGAACACAUUAAAUGACUGUAUAGUGCAUAUCCGUCGAAUCGUGGGCAGUUUUACACAUGUUCAACGAAUUCGGGAUUUGUAUGUGGUUGCAACGAAUGAAAAGCCACUCAAAAUUUACGUCGAUGAUGUGACGAUGGCUGAAUUUGAUCAAUUGGCCGAUGAAAACGAAGCGAUGACUGCCAAACUGAACGCUCAUCAUCGCAAAAUCUCAGUCGCAAUUAAAGCGAUCGACCGAAGUUAUACCGAGAAAGCGUUGGAUCUCAUCAUGCGCUCAUCAUUCGGCUUAUAUCUGUUCUUCGCUAUCGCAUUUAUGAUAUCGUUCAGUUGUCUGUAUUUGUGUUGCUGUCGAUGUGGUCCACUGUGUAUUCCGUCGAACGCUCGCGAGUGGUACCAUCAUAGAACAUUCACGAUUUUGCAACGUCGAAGAACAAUGAAUAUUUCAUUUGCGAGUAAAAAAGUUCUUAUUACUGGUGCAAGUCGCGGAAUUGGUAGAGGUCUUGCAAUUGCGUUGGCCAAAGAUGGUGCUGAAGUGGUUGGAUUGGCUAGGAGCAAGACGGCGCUUGAGGAACUCACCAAGGCGUAUCCGAAUAUCACCGGAGUGGAAUGUGAUGUAACGAAAGAAACGAAUGUAAUCGAAGCUGCACUGGUCAAACACCAUCCGUUUGAUUAUCUGAUCAACAACGCUGGAACCGGCAUUCUUCAGGAUUUUCUGCAUAUCACCACCGAAGCGAUCAAUCAGCAAUUCGCUGUGAAUGUUCGAGGACCGAUUGUAGUUUCACAAAUUGUGGCAAAACAAAUGAUUGAACACAAGAUAAAAGGCGUAAUUGUCAAUAUCUCAUCGCAAGCAUCCAGCAGGCCUUUGCAAGACCAUACCGUAUAUUGUUCGUCAAAGGCAGCGUUGGAUAUGGCCACACGCUGUAUGGCUAAGGAGCUUGCCCCGUAUUCGAUCCGAGUGAACUGUGUAAAUCCAACGGCUGUGAUGACAGAUUUGGGCAAAAUGGCUUGGAGUGAUCCAGCUAAAGCAGCCACUCUUUUGGAUCAUAUGUGCGUUAAAAGAUUUGCUGAAGUGGACGAUGUGAUAAACGCAGUGUUGUUCUUGUUGAGCGAUCGUUCGGCAAUGGUGGAUGGUGCUGCGUUGUUUGUCGAUGGAGGUUUCACGAAGAUGUAA